CUGUGCGUCAUUGACAUGAGAGCUCUCGUCACACCCACUCUGGCCUUUCGAGGCCCUCUAUAUUUUUUCAACCUUCACUUAGCUCACGGUCCGUACAGGGGCACCUUCAUCCACUUUCUCGGUGCAGCAGGCAUCGGCUUUUUAGAAUCAUACCGUAAAUUAAAUUAUUCCUACGUCCACAUCAUGUCCCUUCUAUCAAUCAGCAGGCUAGCGCCUAGGCUCCUUAGUUCAACGAAUGGACUUAUUGCAGCCAGACAUGCCAGCACAUCAACAAACCUAAAGGAUGUUCUUGUAGACCUCAUUCCCAAAGAACAAACACGGGUCAAGAACUUCAAGCAACAAUAUGGCAAAACUAACAUUGGCCAGAUCACUGUGGAUAUGGUGUAUGGAGGGAUGCGGGGCAUGAAGGGGCUGGUGUAUGAGACAUCUGUGCUGGACCCAGACGAGGGCAUCCGUUUCCGUGGCUACAGUAUUCCUGAGUGCCAGCAGCUGCUGCCGAAAGCUGCAGGAGGGGCGGAGCCUCUGCCCGAGGGACUCUUCUGGCUGCUUGUCACUGGACAGGUGCCCAACGAAGAGCAGGUGAGCUGGCUGUCAAAGGAGUGGGCGAAGCGUGCGGCUCUGCCCUCCCACGUAGUCACCAUGCUGGACAACUUCCCCACCAACCUGCACCCCAUGUCCCAGUUCAGCGCCGCCAUCACAGCGCUCAACAGCGAGAGCACCUUUGCCCGGGCUUAUUCGGAAGGAGUCAACAAGGCCAAGUACUGGGAGUUUGUCUAUGAGGACUCCAUGGACUUGAUCGCCAAGCUCCCCUGUGUGGCGGCUAAGAUCUACCGCAAUCUGUACCGCGAGGGCAGCAGCAUCGGGGCCAUCGACUCCAACCUGGACUGGUCCCACAACUUCACCAACAUGCUGGGCUACAACGACGCCCAGUUCACUGAGCUCAUGCGCCUCUACCUCACCAUCCACAGUGACCACGAGGGAGGUAAUGUGAGUGCCCAUACCAGCCAUCUGGUGGGCAGUGCCCUCUCUGACCCCUAUCUGUCCUUCAGCGCUGCCAUGAAUGGCCUGGCAGGCCCCCUGCAUGGACUGGCCAAUCAGGAGGUGUUGGUGUGGCUGACAGCCCUGCAGAAGGAGAUGGGUGGAGAGGUGUCUGACGAAGCGAUGAGGGACUACAUCUGGAACACUCUUAAGUCUGGAAGGGUGGUACCGGGUUAUGGCCAUGCAGUUCUGAGGAAGACUGACCCACGCUACGAAUGUCAGCGUGAGUUUGCCCUGAAGCACCUGCCCGAUGACCCCAUGUUCAAGCUGGUGGCUCAGCUCUACAAGAUUGUCCCCAACGUGCUGCUGGAGCAGGGCAAGGCCAAGAACCCCUGGCCCAAUGUGGACGCCCACAGUGGAGUCCUGCUGCAGUACUAUAGAAUGACUGAGAUGAACUACUACACGGUGCUGUUCGGUGUGUCCCGGGCACUGGGGGUGCUGGCUCAGCUGAUCUGGAGCCGGGCGCUGGGCUUCCCCCUGGAGCGCCCCAAAUCCAUGAGCAGUGACGGACUCAUGAGCCUAGUGGGCGCCAAGUCUGGAUAAAGCUUGAGGGACGGACGGAGCUUUGCCAGUAUAGGGACGUUGGGGGGUAAAGGGAAGAAAACAAAAACAAACAAACAAACAAACAAAAACAACAAAAAAAAGAUCAAAAAACACCAAGCACCAUUAGAAGGGGGAUUCUGAAAGACACGGUGUUCCAUCUGAAGAAGGGCCAGCGCCGCUCCCCUCUGGUGGAAGUGAGCUACUCGCCCCCCCAUUCAUUUUCCCUGAGCAGAACUUCAACACAGAGGGCAGGGAAGGGAACGGUUCUCUGCUCAUAUGAUGUUUCAUAUCCUCAUCACUUUUAGGAAGCCCAAUACCUUGUCUGUUCCUGCUCAAGUCACCAUUCUACCUUUUUAGUUCCAGUUGUGCGUGUCCCUUUUUUGUUAGUGGAAGAGACGGGUAGGGAUUUGCCCUGACAUAGAUUAAUAACCCUGACAGCAAGUCAUAGCAAAAACAAGCUUUGAGGAUUGUCAUGUGGCUGGGCCAAUGCAGUGACGUGACGUAUUCUUUCUGUGUGCUGGAUGAACCAUCAUUUUUCCAUUUGGUUACCAUUGCUGUGGGAGAGCUCUGGGGAAAGACCUUGACGAGUGGCCUCUCGUGUGUUUGGUCUGAGAGGAAGGUCUGCUGGACCGAUCGGUGAUAUGAGGGUUCCUUAGCUGCUAAAUGUUCAGCAUUGCUAUUAUUGUUAUUCAGUUGACUAGAUUAAGCUAGAUUAAGUUCAAGUCCCCUUGAAAUGAUUUAAGAAGCUGUUUUGUAAACAUCGGGCUUGCCGUAGUUUUUACCGUUGCACCCAAAUGUUGGGUUAUUAUGCAUUUACAGCUCGGUUUUAUCUCUGAACACUCCAUCUCAGUGGAAUUGGAGGUCAUGUCUCAACCCCAAGCUGCAGUGCAGUCUGCCACUCACAUUUCAGUGACCUCAAGGACCCUCUCACCACUGACUCUAGCCGGCAACUUCCAUCCUCGUGAGGUGAAAUCUCGGAAAUACAAAUGCUGUCUUUCUUUUAAAUGAUAUAAGGGAUUCUGUUUCAGGAUCAUCAGGAAUUUAAGUGGUAGCUUUUCACAGACGUUAAACCAGGAAAAACCGACUCGGGUCGUUCUGGAAGUCCAGGAGACGGGCGCUCACAUGUGCAGCCUCAGAGCAAGCCAGAACCCAGUGACAUGAGCAACAGAGAACUGGGCUAUAGGAUCCUCUCUUGUAUGUUUUUGUUUUAUUCUAAGUGUGUGUGUGUGUGUGUGUUAAUUCUACCCAAGCCCUUCGGUGGCCUGCUACUCCAAAAUGAGCACUUGCUUAGUUAAAAUGCCCCAGCAAGCGUGGGUGGAAAGCUAGAGCCCAUCUGGAUGAGAUACUGACAUGCUGAAUUUGGACGCUCCUGAAAACAUCACCCUAUUACAACCAGAGAUGGUUUUAUUAUUAUUAUUAUUAUAAUUAUUAAUAUUAUGGAAGCACAGGACCAGAAGAGAGUCAGAUUUGGCCCUGAGCUUCGCCCCGCAGUCUGGUAGUAGAAGUAGCCUUAUAUGUUGUGUGUGCAUAGUUUGGCUGUCAGACUUCUGUAUAGAAGUGAAUUAUAGUCCUGUAUUAACAGUCCUGUGUUGUCUUAGGAGGUAAUGAUUUUCUAGGCACCUAAUGUAUUUAUUUUGUGCAUGUAAAUAUUGAUGUGUGCAUAUUCCAUAAAGCCAGUGUGGAUAGUUUUGGUCAGAGAGGAUCCAGAGUCUUAUUCAAUUUUACCACAAAAAUUGCUCCCUUGUGUCAUCACAAGCAGCAGUAAGGUUUUUAACUCGUGUAUUUCUGGACGUUCCCAACUCAAUGGUUCUGGUUUGCUCUAAGGCGUUUGGCUGGUGCAUGUGAGCUGCUCCCUGUGACGUGUCCUACAGCACUCCAUUAGUACACCACUCUGUAUAGUAGGGCAGCACCCUUCUCACUGUGUGGCUCUUCCACAUAUAUUUAUAUGUCUUUCAUGUAUCUGUAGGUCUAAGUAAACUCGUACGUUA